AAUGCUAAGAUUGGAGUUGAAAAGCCUAUGACUUCAAGGAAUGACAGUAAACCAAAAGCUCUCAAUACAGAAUGCCAGGACAUUUAUUCCACUAAAAGAAUAUCAGACAAUGACAUUCAAACUGAACAAAAUGAUGCUCAUACCAGUAAAUCAGAGGGUUCUUUGCAUUCAUUCACAACCACAGAUUUCCCUGCCAAUUCUAAGAUUAAAAAAGUGUUCCAGUGUAAUAAGUGCACAUUCCGCACUAAGACAACUAAAUUGUUAAAGUGUCACAUUGAAUCAAAACAUAAUGUAGAAAGAUCUCUUUUAUCAUGCAAUUCAUGCAGUUUCCAAUGCAAACAACAAAGAACUAUGAAAAUUCAUAUAGCAUCAUCUCACACUGAGAAAGUUCUAAAAGUCAAGUGUGAUGUUUGUGAUAAAGAAUUUAUUUCUUUAGAAAAGUUAAAGCGGCAUAAACUUACUCAUACAAAUACUCGACCUUUUCAAUGUGCAGAGUGUUCAAAGAGAUUUAAACAGCGAUCUAAUUUAACUGAUCAUAUGAACUAUUCUCAUCUAAAAACUCAAAUAAAAACUAAGAAGAAGACAUUACAAUGUAGUUGGGAAGGUUGUGAUAGGUUAUUUCGUGAUAAACAUAACUUAAAUAAACAUUAUAAAACACAUAUUAAUGCUAGAUAUAAGUGUAAUUUAUGUGUAUUUCAAUGUGUUUAUGAGAAGGUUUUACAGAAACAUAAAGAGAAAUAUCAUAUGAAUUAAAAGGGUAUUUAAAUUUAAAGACUUAUCAAGUGCAGAAAGGACAUUUAUUGAAUUAUAUCAUUUUCUAUAUGUAUUUG